AGCGCUCCAUCUCCUUCCCUCUCUCCCUCCUCUGCCCUCGCUCUCCCCUUCUCAAAUUGACGUCGGAUCUGGGCUCGAAACAUGAUGACAGAAAAGCCUCAGUGCGCUCCGCGCUGUCGGGCUCUCCUCCUCCUCCUCCUCAACCCAGACCACCUGAAACUCAAAUAAGCAGCAGACGUUCACAGGACUAAAAAAAAAAAAAGAAAAAGAAAAAAAAAAGGAAAGAAAAGAAAGAAAAGAGGAUCGCACAGUUAUCCUGUCAGCGGGACUAACAAGGAGACCUUUCCACCACACUCCCCCAUCCGCGCGCUCCUCCUGCGCAUCGCUCCCACCUCAGAAAGCGCUCCGUGCUGAACUCCAGUGAAAGUUAACAUGUACGUGCACGCGUGGAUCCGCGCGACUCUGGGAUUUGUAGGUUUCUGUCUGGUCGCCUUUGUCCAACAGUCAGCUUCAGGAAGUAAAGCCGCGCAUGAUGUGGACGAAUGUGCGGUGGGGCUUGACAACUGCAGUAUCGAUGCCAUUUGUCAGAACACCCCCAAAUCAUAUAGAUGUAUCUGCAAGUCAGGCUACAGUGGAGAUGGCAAUUAUUGUGAAGAUAUCGACGAGUGUGUAAAUGACUACAAUGGUGGUUGUGUCCAUGAGUGUAUGAACAUCCCAGGAAAUUACAGGUGCACAUGCUAUGAUGGCUUCCGCUUGGCUCACGAUGGGCACAAUUGUCUAGAUGUGGACGAGUGCUCUGAAGGCAACGGUGGAUGUCAGCAGAUUUGUGUCAACAUGAUGGGCAGCUAUGAGUGCCGCUGCAGAGAAGGAUUCCUCCUGAGUGACAACCAGCAUACAUGCAUCCAAAGGCCUAAAGUGCAACCAGAAGGCACAAAGGAGGGCCCCACCUGCAUGGACAAGAACCACGGCUGUGCCCACAUCUGCAGGGAAGCACAGAAGGGUGGCAUCUCCUGCGAGUGUCGACCUGGAUUCCAGCUCACCCGUAACAUGAAGGAUUGCAAAUUGACGUGCAACUACGGUAAUGGAGGCUGCCAGCACAUCUGCGAGGAGACGGAUCACGGUCCCAAAUGUUCCUGCCACGUGAAGUUUGUUCUACACAGCGAUGGGAAGACGUGUGUAGAGACCUGUGCGGUGAACAAUGGUGGCUGCGACAGCACGUGUCACGACUCGGUGACAGGCGUCCGCUGCAGCUGUCCUGUCGGCUUUACUCUGCAACCAGACCGCAAGACGUGCAAAGACAUUGACGAGUGCCGUCUCAACAAUGGGGGGUGUGAUCAUGUGUGCCGGAACACAGUGGGUAGCUUCGAGUGCAGCUGCAAGAAGGGCUACAAGCUGCUAACCAAUGAGAGGACCUGUCAAGAUAUUGAUGAAUGCUCUUUCGACCGAGCUUGCGACCACUUUUGUGUCAACUCUGCCGGCAGUUUCCAGUGUCUUUGUCGUAAAGGCUACGUCCUGUAUGGCCUGGCACACUGUGGAGAUAUUGAUGAGUGCAGUAUAAAUCGUGGGGGUUGCAAAUACGGCUGCAUCAACUCUCUGGGGAGCUAUGAGUGUACCUGUCCACCUGGCCACAAGCUUCACUGGAACAGGAAGGACUGCAUCGAGCUGGUGAAAUGUCCUGCAGGACUGGUUGCACCAAAAGCCACUCUGACCUGCAGCAAGACGGACAAAAAGGAGAGCUGUUCUCUCACCUGUGCUUCUAAAGCUUACUAUUUAGCAGGGAUAAAUAACAGCUACUCAGUCAGUUGUGGCAUCCCCAAUCUGACAGGGAAGCCUCCAGCCAGGAUCAACUCCAGCAACAUUCAGGGCUGCAUAGAGACUCUGGCGCCUCCAGUGAAGCAGACGGCUUCUUUCAAGAUUAAAAAUGCCAAAUGUCACCUGCACCCAAAGUUGACCGGCAGGUCCGAGGACAGGGGACGGACUCUGGGACCAGGAGGGGGUCAGCUGUGCAGCAACUGCCAGGUAACAUUUGUUAACCUGACGUGCGACUCGUCCAAGAAAGCUAAAGGGCGACAUACUCGCAACCCUUCGAACAAAGAGGUGACGCGCAUCACUUUGGAGCUGGAGGCUGAGGUCAAACCUGGAGACACCACAGGAAGUUGUAACCUCAGCUGCUUGCGACAGCGAAUGGAGAAGCAGGUAAAAACAUACAUCAAAUCUCUAAAGAAGUCCAUCAACCAGGAGCGCUUCCUCAUCCGAGUUGCUGGUUUGGAGUAUGAGGUGGCUCAAAAGCUUCCUCAGACUGCGCCCAAUCAGGGGCAGUGCGCCCCAGGUUCAGAGAGGACCAGCGUUGGAUGUGUUAAAUGUUUGCCAGGGUCCUAUUACCACGGCGGACAGGAGCGCUGUGUCCAGUGUCCACCUGGGACAUUUCAGGAGAAAGAGGGGCAACUGGCCUGUGACCUUUGCCCUGGGAGUGAUGGCCACGGGCCUGUUGGGGCACGAAACAUCUCUUCCUGUGCAGGCCAGUGCCCAACUGGGUACUUUUCAAGCGAUGGCUUCAAACCCUGCCAGUCAUGUCCACAGGGAACCUACCAGCCGGAUCUGGGACGGACGCUUUGCUUCCCCUGCGGCGGAGGACUCAGCACCAAGCGGGAAGGUGCCAGCUCCUUCCAUGACUGUGAAGUCAAAGUUCAGUGUUCUCCUGGUCAUUACUACAACACGACAGUGCACCGGUGUAUCCGCUGCCCAGUGGGAACCUAUCAGACAGAGUUCAGACAGAACUACUGCAUUUCCUGCCCGGGAAACACCACCACUGAUUUUGAUGGUGCCACAAGUGUCUCACAGUGCAAAAACAGGCAAUGUGGGGGUGAGAUGGGAGAGUUAAUGGGUUACAUUGAGUCACCGAACUACCCCGGUAAUUAUCCUGCUAACGUGGAGUGCAUUUGGAACAUCAACCCACCCAGCAAGCGCAAGAUUCUGAUUGUGGUGCCUGAGAUUUUUCUGCCUUCAGAGGAUGAGUGUGGUGAUGUGCUGGUUAUGAGGAAGAACUGGUCAGCUACAUCCAUCACCACGUACGAGACCUGUCAGACGUAUGAGAGGCCAAUCGCCUUCACAGCUCGCUCCAGACGUCUGUGGAUUAACUUCAAGUCCAAUGAGGCCAACAGCGCCAGAGGCUUCCAGAUCCCUUAUGUUACUUACGAUGAGGACUAUGAGCAGCUCGUGGAAGACAUCGUGAGAGACGGAAGACUCUACGCCUCUGAAAAUCAUCAAGAAAUCCUUAAGGAUAAAAAACUGAUUAAGACUCUUUUUGAUGUGCUGGCCAACCCAAACCACUACUUUAAGUACACCACUCGGGAGUCCAACGAGAUGCUUCCCCGCUCCUUCAUACGCCUCAUAAGCAGCAAAGUCUCCGCUUUCCUCCGGCCAUACAAGUAA